AUGAGUGCCACUACAGAGAAGGGUCAGCCUAUGCCUGAGGUGACUUCUCCCAAGGCCUCAGCGUCUGAAUCGGAUCUUGCGAGGGCUCAGACAUCUUCUGGCGACUCUGUUGAAGAGGUCCUUUCGGCUGCUGGUGUAGGCUUCAAGCCUGAUGAUCCCACGCUACCAUGUCUUACCCUCCGCAUGUGGUUCAUUGGCAUCGGCUUCUGUCUCGUCGGUAGCGGCGUGAAUACCCUCUACACCCUUCGAUUCCCUUCCAUCAGUCUAUCGCAGUCCGCCAUUCAAUUCCUGGCAUAUCCCGUCGGCAAAGCUUGGGAGUAUGUCGUUCCUGACUGGGGCUUCACCUUGUUCGGCAAGCGACAUAGCCUCAAUCCAGGACCGUUCAACCACAAGGAGAACAUGCUCAUUUACAUCUUGGCCAACCUCAGUUUUCUGACAAGGCUAAGCGCUGAUGUCCUUACCGAGCAGCGUGUCUUCUACGGUCUGAAAGCAGGAUGGGGCUUCGAGCUGCUCGCAACACUCCAGUCAAUCCUCUUCGGAUUCGCAUUGGCGGGUCUCGCUCGUUCCUUGGUUGUUGAGCCCAAGGGCCUUGUUUGGCCUGGAGUUCUUGGAAACACUGCUCUCAAUGCUGCUCUGCACGCGCCAAAGCAGGAAGUCAAGGUUGGCACGAUGUCGCGUUACCGUUUCUUCCUCCUUGCCUUCUGUGCUUCUUUCUGUUGGUACUGGUUCCCGGAUUUCAUUUUCCCUGCUCUGGGCUACUUCACCUGGAUCUGCUGGGUUGCUCCCAAGAACACUGUCGUCAAUCAGGUCUUCGGUAUGAAGAGUGGACUUGGGCUUCUGCCUUUUACCUUUGACUGGAGCCAGAUUGCUUACAUCGGAUCGCCUCUCGUCGUGCCUGUUUGGGCUAUCCUCAACGUCCUCGCCUCCCUCGUCUUUUGGAUCUACAUCAUUAGUCCGGCACUGUACUACUCCAACACCUGGUUCUCGGCCCAUCUACCUCUUCAGAGCAACUCCAUCUACGACAACACCGGUGCCGUCUUCAAUGUUUCCAAGGUCAUCAACAAAAAGGAUGACUUUACUUUUGAUCCCCAGAAGUAUGCGGACUAUUCCCAAAUCUACCUGCCCGUCACCUACGCCCUCAACACCUUCGGUUUGUCCUUCGCCACAAUCUCAUCACUCUUCGUAUGGCUUUUCCUCGAGAAGCGACAGGAGCUAAUGGAAACCUUCCGUGGUGCUAUCCAAUCAUUCAAAUCACGAGCGCAGGGCCCUACUCGCGACAAGCUCCAGCCGCAGUAUGAAGCUGUGCCACAAUGGUGGUACAUGGCCGCAGCUCUCGUAGCAUUGGGCAUUGGUAUUUUCACCUACGAGUUCUAUCCUGUCCAGCUUCGCUGGUACGGUGUCAUCUUUGCCAUGGUGGUAUCCUCUGUCUUUUUCGUCCCUCUUGCCUGGGUGUACGCCACCAGUAACAUCAAGAUCCAGAUUGACAUCUUCUGUCGAAUCAUCGCUGGCUAUGUCUGGGAAGGUAAGGUUCUGGCCAACAUUUGGUUCUUCAAUGUUGGUUAUAUCUCCGGCAUCAAGGGACUUGCCUUUGCUCAGGAUCUGAAGCUCGGCAUCUACUGUGGCAUCCCCCCAAGAAGCCUAUUCGCUGUUCAACUUGUGGGCCUUGUCAUGGGUACCUUGGGUCAAGUCUCGGUGUUGAACUGGGCGCUUGGACAUAUUCCUAACGUGUGUGACCCCAAGCUUGCACCUAACGGUUUCACCUGCCCCUUCUCACGAACGCACUUCAACACAAGUAUGGUCUGGGGUGCUCUUGGACCUCGUCGCUUCUUCGAGGAGGGUGCUCUAUACAGACCAUUGCUCUGGUUCUUCUUUGUCGGCGCCACUCUUCCCGUAGUAGUCUACCUACUUCGAAAAAAGGUCUUCCCUCACGUCAGUUGGCUGAAGAAGAUCCACGUGCCCUUGUGGCUCGGUGGUCUGAACUACAUCCCCCCCGCUUCUGGUGUCAACUACGGCAGUUGGGCUCUCUUUGGCCUUUUGUUCGGAGUUGUCAUCAAGAAGCGUAAGGCGGACUGGUGGCGACGAUUCAACUUUGUCUUCAGUUCAGCUCUUGACUGUUCAGUAGCCAUCGCUGGUAUCGUCAUCUUCUUCUCCAUUUUCUACACAGGUGCCGCGAAGAACUUUAAGUGGUGGGGUACCAACGUUUACAAAAACACAUGUGACUGGGAGGGCUGCACAUACAGGUCUACCCCCAGUGGGCAGACAUUUGCACCUUGA